AAAAAAUGUCUGAACAACCACAAGUCCCAACUGCCGUCUUGAAAGAAGUCUUGGAAAAGGAAAAACAAUUCGAAGCUACCAUUGAAGCCAAGAAGCAAACCAAGGAAAAGUUGCAAGGAACUGUCCUUGAUGAAUUGAAGGAAAAAGAAAAGGAAUUCGAAGCCAAUCAAGAAGCCAAGAAACAAACUAAAGAAUUGUUGCAAGGUUCAGUCCUCGAUGAAUUGAAAGAAAAGGAAAAACAAUUCGAAGCUACUGUUGAAGCUAAGAAGCAAACCAAGGAAAAGUUGCAAGGUUCAGUCCUCGAUGAAUUGAUUCAAAAGGAAAAGGAAUUCGAAGCCAAUCAAGAAGCCAAGAAGGAAACUGGUGAAAAGAAGAAGACUCUCCAAGAUGAAUUGUUGAACGCCAACGUUCAAUUGAAGCACGUCGAAACUAAGGAAACCCACGUUCCUUUGAAUUCUGAACAAUAAUUGUAUCAUAUUGUAAAUGAAGAUAAUGAUGAUCAUCUAUAACUCUUAGAUUCGUAACAGCUAAAAACUUGUACGAUCGGAAAUUGUUACAAAAAUAAAGAUGAUCAAAAUUUUAAAACAA